CAUGUUGCUCUGCACUUCUCUCCUCCUCGCGCUGCAGCCUCGGCUCGUGCCGCUGGCGCCCGCCGCGCUCGCCCGCUCCCCGCAGCCUCGGCUCAGCUUGGACGACACUCUCGUCCAAGCCCUCGCCGUCUCGGUCGUCGGGCUCGCUUUCCUGAGCGAUCGCGAGCCGCCGGUGCCAGCAUCGCAGCGCCGCACAUCGCAGCGGCCGCGGCCGCCGCCGCCGCCGCCGCCGCCGCCAUCACCACCGCCGUCACAAGCGUCAACCGCCGAUAAGAACUCGGCCGCGAGCGCCACCGCCGGCGGCGGUCGCCGCGGUGCGCUCGUCUUUGGAACUGCGGUCGCCGGUGCGAUGUUUGCGGCCGGCGACCUGGUGGGGGAGGAGCGGCUGGCGGCGCGGCGGCGCGGCGAGGAGCUGGACCUGCUCGAUGCGACGGCGGCCGUCGCUGCGCGUGAGCCCGCCCAGGUGCGCACCGCGCAGGCCGCCGCGACCGCCGCGCUCGCCGCAACCACUAUAGACGCCGUGUCGGGGCGUCGCGCUGCGCUCUCGCUCAGCCUGAUUGGCACCUUCUUCUUCCUCGGCAAUGAAGUCGGCAUGCAGCGGCAAGCCGGCGCCGCGGCGAGCAAGGAUCCGACGCCGUGAUCGCGGCGCCACGGCGGCCAGUGUAUCCGCCCAGCGUCAGCGACGGCAGGGUUAUUUACAUAGCGCGCGCGAAGCAUCGAUGACGCGAAGCACGUUUUGGUUGACCGACCCGAGAUCCGAGAGAGAACUCUCAUCUAUCUCAGGACUAGCGAGCCCGAGAAUGUGUGCGAGAUUAUCAUUUAUCUCUGCGCACUGCUCGAGGGGCGCACCGGCCACCGGGGAGGCUGCCACCGCGCACCCUGCCGCUCCCUGGCCCCACUGGCACUGCGCGCGCUAGCGCGCUCUGCGGCGAGACUCUGCGGCGGCCGGCGGCUCGCUGCUUCCUCGCGUACGUUCUCUAGCCUUCUAGCCUCAGAUUAGAAGCGCUUGAAAAUAAGAGC